GCGCGGUGCGGCGCGGCGCGCGCGGGCGCAGGAAUGUGCGUUACAGUUAAAUAGUGGGCGCAGGGGCGGCCGCCGCGGUGCGCGGGGCGGUGGCGGCUCAGGGCCGGGCCGGGCCGGGGCGGCGCGGCGGGAGAGAAGCCUCCAUGGCGCGGCGCGGCUCCUGGGGCGGCGGCGGAGCGGUGGUGCUGUGACAGGAGCUCGGCAGCCGGGACUGGCCUUCCUCCUGCCCCACUCCCGAGCCGGGGGGGGGGGGGGAGAGCCCGCGGCGGCGUCCCCGGGGGCGCGGCGGCGCUCGGAGAGAGCGGAGCCGUGGCGGCGGCAGCGACGGCCGGGAGCAGCCGGCGCGUCACCGCCUCUAUGAUGAAAUUUAAGCCGAACCAGACGCGGACGUACGACCGGGAGGGCUACAAGAAGCGGGCGGCGUGCCUCUGCUUCCGCAGCGAGCGGGAGGACGAGGUGCUGUUGGUAAGCAGUAGCCGAUACCCAGAUCAGUGGAUUGUACCAGGUGGAGGAAUGGAACCAGAAGAAGAACCAGGGGGAGCAGCUGUCAGAGAAGUGUAUGAAGAGGCUGGAGUAAAGGGAAAGCUAGGCAGACUGCUUGGGAUAUUUGAGCAGAACCAGGAUCGGAAGCAUAGGACAUAUGUUUAUGUUCUUACUGUGACAGAAAUACUGGAAGACUGGGAAGAUUCAGUUAAUAUAGGAAGGAAAAGAGAAUGGUUUAAAGUAGAAGAUGCGAUCAAGGUCCUUCAGUGUCACAAGCCUGUUCAUGCAGAGUACUUGGAAAAACUGAAACUGAGCUGUUCACCCACUAAUGGAAACUCUGUGGUUCCCCCUCUUCCAGAUAAUAACUCCUUAUAUGUCACUUCUGCACAGACUUCUGGGUUGCCCUCUACUGUGAGAUAAACAUUUGGAUUACCUUUUUAUUCAUGUCAUCACAAGGGGAGACAUCUGUGAUCACAUGUAGGCAUCUGUAUAACUGUCAAUUCUAAGUGAAAUAUGUGAAUGUGUCAUAAUGUCAGAUUUAUUUGAACAUGUUUUUCCUUUUUAACAAUGUAAAAUAGUGUUUCAGCAAACCAAAGCCAUAUAUGGAUUUUUUUUAAGAUGCCUUAAUAGGCCAUUUUUAAAAAAUAAACUUGAGUAUAUAAAUUUCCAUAUCUGCUAAAAUAAAAUAUGCAUCUCAGUGGUGUUCAGCUUACUUAAGACUUGUCAGUUUUAGUCAGUAGUUCUGCAAGAGUACUUGCUUAGAAAAAAGUUUGAGCAAAUUGUCUUAUACUAAACUCUACUUGGUAUCUGCAGAUGAAGUGCUAAGAUCUUAAGAUAGCGGUGUUUGGGUAGAUGGGUGUGUUGAAGGCAGAGAUGUGUAGGUGUGACUACAACAAAGCACUAAGCCACCCACAUUCAGCCUGUCAGAAGCAAAGGGACGGGACACUAAGCACUGCUUGCCUCAGCUAUCCAAACAGUUGCCUUGUCCUAUGCAAUCUUCAUGUCGUGUAUAACAGGAGCAAGACCAGUAACUCUGUCUUGCAGCUACCAAAACUAUCCACUAUACUUUUGUUUCAUCACUUGGUCAGCUGAUAAACUGUCAGAAGACUUACACGAAAAGCACUGUAGAUUGCUCUUCCCCCGUUUUUCUCCUUUUAGCAUUUUGAUACAUGUUUUAUAAUUACACUGCAGGUUCCAAAACCUUCUGAUCUUCAAGGAGAAGCAUCUUACCUAGUGUUCCUGCAGUCUGCUGUAAUUUAAAGAUGUUUAGAGGAAAGUAAGACUUACCCAAGGGGGGCACCCUUAUGCUACAGAGGUGUCUGUUAGCAAGCGUUGAGGUACCAUGCCCAGCAGGCGCCAGUAGUGGUACCUCCUGGGCCUGGAGACAGGUGGGUAGAUACUUACACUACUAGAGAAAUAAUACUCCUUUGUCUUACUCAGAAGGUGUGCUGAAAGCCCCAACUUUAAGUUAAUUCUUAAAUAUUGCGGUUUUCCUGUUUUAACAUCAAUUGCUUUAGCUUCUUGAAUUAAAAGCUGGCCUCUUGAGAAAAACUUAGUUGGAAUAAGUGAGGUACAGCUGACAACUUCCCUGUUCUUAAUUAUUUUCUCUUUUUUUCAGCCAAAAAAAUGAAAACUAAAUCCACUGUUGGUCUUAAUGUUUCUACCAUAGGAUUACUCUCUCUGUGUACAUGUGUGUGUAUGGUUUCUUCUACAAGAACACAAUCUAAUUCAUAUGAACAUCCUAAUUCUGAAUUUUUUCUAGGAUCGAAACCCAACUGUACCUCUUCUAUAGCCAGCCAAAACAAAGGUUGAGGUAGACCGUUACCUCACAUGUGAAGCUUAUUCUGGGUAAAGCUCAUUCUCUUACACAACAUUUGAACCUUUGUAAAUAGUCCAACUAGUAAAUAGUGAGUGUAAAAUGGAAAAUAAAUGUAAUUUAAACCUUAAACCUUUUGUUACUCAAUACACAAAUGGUUAACUUCUACUUUUUUAACACAAAUUGUGUAAAAUGCUGCUAUGAAUUUUUUUGUGCUGUUACACUUUUUUAGGAAAAAAUGUUGUUGCCACAAGUUACUCCUUAGAGAACCAAUCUUGUGCCAUAUGUAAAUGCAGUGAAACUAGGGAGACCUGCUCUGGUCUCUUAAUGCUGCUCUCUUUGAAGAGGCAUAAAUACUACUGACAAGAGGCACGAGCCGCAAAGCUGAAGACUUCUGAAAUGUCGGUUGGAUGCUGCUUUCCAUCCCUGUAUCUCCUAUUUAUUCCAAGUCACUUCUGAACUGGAAAGAACACACAACUCUGUUCAGGUGCACCUAAAGGGGGAAGUGUUGCCACCCCCUUGCCCAGCCUGGCAGCCCCGAGGUGGGUGCGGGGGAAGGGAGCGGUGGUGAGUCAGUCCUGCCCACGCGUAGCUGUACGUUACGCUGAAUCUAAUCCAGACUGGGACACCAUUUGCUCAGCUCGCUGCUUCAAACGGAGGGGUCUAUCAGAAGCACUGUUCUGCCAGGCGAAACAGAGGAGAGUUGAGCAUGUUGAAGAAGGUCUAAUUUGUGCUAAAAUUAUACCCAUGGUGUUGCAAGGGUACCUCUGGCUCUAAAGCUGCCUUUAAGAGUGAAUCAUUUAGCUCCCUUUUUUGAUCACUUUGCUCACUUUUUUUGUUCAGUAGUCAUUUUAACACUUUAAAUUGAGCAAACUUGUACAGGCUUUCUUGCAACAAGAUUAUACAGAAUCUGUGAAAGCUAAAACAAGAAUCCAGAGUUUGCGUUCUUAUUCAUAAAAAAUGCUUCUGUCUCAGAUUCUUGGAAUGAAACCAAUUGAAGCUUGUAUGAGAUUUAGUGGUAAUGCAUGGUCUUAUUUUGUAACUCUUGAAUUAUGUAUUUGAUAAUAAUGUAAAAAUGUACAGUAUUGCUGUUGCUAACAAACUCAGAGUUGAUUGCCUAUAAAUAUUUUGGUUAUUUUUUGGUCACAUACAUUUGAGCUGUUUAGUAGCGCCAGACAGACUCUUUUUUUUUUUUUUUUUUCAAACAGCAUUUGUUGUAUAAAUCUCUUCAGUCUCUAUGCAACCUUCAGAAUGAAGCUCUAUUGCUUAGUUUGACUUCUACUCCCUUUCAAAGAUAAAUGUUCUGUGAAUUGUAAAGCUAAAUUUGAAAACACUUCAGUUAUGCUACAGGGAACAACUGUAGUAAACAGGCACUGGUACAGCUUCAGUCCUAAUGAAUCCAACACUAAACUUCAAUAUAAAGGCUCUGUGUGAAGAUCAGAAUAGGAAGGCUAAAGUUUUUUCCUACUACUUAUCAAUUUAAAUGCAGAAGCAUUUUGGUUUUACAUGCAUCUCUUUCAUAUAGUGCAGAUUUGGGAUUUUUCUCAUGCCAUAAAUUCUAUACAGUGUAUCCAGAUUUGGUUCUCCAGAGGAGGAGGGGAAAAGACAGGUUGUCAUCUGCAAUUUUCAGAGUUGUUUGUAGUGUUGCUUUUCCUGGCUGUUGGGUUUUGAGAUUGAGUUAGAUUAAGGUGGUAUCAAAUAGAAAAGCCUUAAAGUUUAAAAUAAUGUGGAGCUAGAAUUAAGUGAAAUGGAUGUGCUUUUAAACCACAAGAAAUACUGAGGUACUGCAGAGAGGCUGUUACAGUGAAAAAAUCUUAUUUUGGUGCUUACUGCACCCCUGACUUAGCCUAGCAUUGGUCUAUUAACAAUGUGCUGUGAAAAAAAAAAAAAAAAAAGAAAGAGGCAAACACUUGGUUUACUGACCAACAUGGUUUGUGAAGUGAAAACUGAAGGGAAGGGGUGGGGGUGGGGGGAGCAAAUUAAGUUGUAAACAUUUUGACCUGCUUGCAUGGAUUUUCUUUAAUGAUUGAUGUAAGAAUUUUGACUUUUUAUAUUUGAGAAAUACAAGAAUAAAAUCUAAAUUAGUCCUGUG